GUUUUAACGUCGUCAUGUGCGGAAGGGCAGCCUGUGUGCUUCAACCCCAGGAUGUGAGUGAAGCGACCCGGACUGCGCCCAAGGACUUCGUAGACCAAGAUAAGUACACGCCCCAUUACAACGUGUCGCCUGGCAUGGCCACUCCGAUCCUGUAUCGGGACAACGCAAGCAAACAGCUCGUCGUUCGACCGAUGAAGUGGGGUCUUAUCCCGUCGUACAUGAAGCCCGACGAGAAGGUGAAUCACUACAUGCGAUUCAAUGCCAGGUCCGAAUCCAUGGCGGAAACUCCAGCGUACCGUCAACUCGUCAAUAGGAAGCGCUGCGUCGUCCUGUUCAACGGGUUUUACGAAUGGCAGAAGCUGGGAAAGACCGAGAAGCAACCUUACUUCAUCCAUCUCGCGAACAGUCCCAUCAUGCGCAUGGCAGGACUGUACGACACGUGGCGCAGCGACCAAGGGGAGGUCGUCUACACAUAUUCUAUCAUCACGACGGAAUCGCCGUCGAAAAUGAAGUGGAUUCACACGCGCAUGCCGAUGAUGCUGCGAGAUGCAGAUGAAGCGGACCGAUGGCUGGCCAUGAAGGAUGACGAGUCCAAAGGGUCGAACCAACAGGUGUGGCUGUCGCUGGUGCAUCCGUACCCACACGAUGACCUCGAGUUUUACCCCGUGACCAAACAAGUGGGCCAAGCGACGUUUGAUUCGGCCGCGUGCCUAGCCAAAGUUGACGUUCACGUGGCAGGCAAGAUCACGUCAUUCUACAAGCACGACGCAGAUCAUUCCGCCGGCACAAUCAAAAACGAACACAUCACAGCACCACUCAAACACGAACACGUGGACAACCCUCGAACCGUGUCCACCAGUUCAGAACCUUUGGCAGUGAACCGAUUGAACGCCACCAACAGUACCCUCCCUGCCCAUGACCCGAGCUCAGACAGCUUGUCCACCCCCAGCAGCAACAAGCGACCGUCGGGUCCAUGGCCGUGCCCCGCCUGUACGUUUGAAAAUGAUGAUGAAGCACGUACAUGUGCCAUGUGCGGCGGCCCGUCGCGCCCCCCAGGGAAUGAGUGGACCUGCGACAAGUGCACGUUUGUCAACACGUCGAAAGCCCCAUCGUCCUCCAUCUGCGCCAUGUGCCAGGCGUUCCGACGGUCGGGAAGGUCCUCUGGAGCGUCGCCGGCGUCGAAAAAGCCCAAACUCGUGGCGUCGUCGCCGCAGAAACCAAUCACGUCGUUCUUUUCCCCGUAAAAACGUUCCUCGCCUUGAAUUCAAACAGAUGGAUCUGCGACGCCGUUGUUGUUGUGGUAGCAAUUAUUGUGAAUUACUACGUAGUAGCUUUAAACUUCCAUUUGUCUACUCAAAAUUGAAUCACGCUGGAGUUCUGAU